AUAAUUCUUACGAUUCGUCCAAAGAAUCAAUUCUCAUGUUCCUUUAAAUGAACGCCCUGUAGAAACGAACGAGUCGCCUUGUGAUCCGAGUUAAUUCCUACGACUCUUUCGUUCAAAUAUUAUGAAUCUGUUCUAUCCACGAUUCAGUUGAACGAAUCGUAUACUUAGCGGUGAAUCUUACGAUUCAUCUUUAAUACUCGUUCGAUCUUCGCCCACCUCUAUCAGUAAUUAGUUAUUAUAUCUAAAUAUCAGAACUGAAAUUCAAUGAUCGAAUUAGAAAUGGGGUCCACGUAAGUCUUACCGAAUUGUAUAAUUUCGUAAAAUUUAAUAGUUAGUAGCUUAUCGGCAUAUAUAUUGUUUCUAAACAACGUUGCAAUUUAAAAAUGCAAAUUCAAUAGUAAUUGUGUUAUCAGUUUAGAACAUAACAAAAAUAAUUUUACAUUUUGUGGCGAUUAUGUGUGGCUGGUACAUUUUGCGUCGAGUUCUGUUGUCGGCUAGAGAAAAUCACCUAUAGUUGUUACUACAAUAUGGCCGAUGAUCUAUUACAAGGGCUCAGAGAAGAACUUGAGAAUCGCAAGAGAAACGAUGACGAUAGCCCAGAAGAUGUUUUAAAAGGUUUCAUGGAAGCCCUAGAAAAUAUGCCCAAAUUCGGCGAGGAAACGGAAAAUUUUAUGAACAACAUGAAAAACGGACCAGAGAAGGUCCAAACGAUUGCCUAUCUUAUAUUCUUUUCUAUUUUGGGAAUUAUUUUUUUAUGUUUCGGUUUCCUAAUUUAUAAAUUGUAUCACUAUUCUUGUGGUCGCACGAACCAGAGUAAAUCAAAAAAAGAAAAAGAACAACGAAAGAAAAACAAGUAGUACCGACAGCUUUAAUAAAACGUCAGUUGACUGACAAGAGUAUGUACUACUAUUUGGCGUAAAAAUAUUAAAUAAUUCAAAUAUUAUGAAUA